AUGGAGAGGCUGAGGAUGGAUUCUCCGAUGGUCUGGGCUCUGCCAUUCAUCUUCUCGCAGUUCAUGGUGUCAGCGACUCACGGUGUCUGCAGUCCCGGCUGUCAUCCUGAAAACGGCUUUUGUGAGAGUCCCGGGGAGUGCAGGUGUCACCCGGGGUGGAGAGGUCGGUCCUGUGACCAGUGUGUCCCGUUCCCGGGUUGCCUUCAUGGACGUUGCAGCGAGCCCUGGCAGUGUGUCUGUGAGGACGGAUGGAUCGGCAGCCACUGCAAUAUCGACAUCCACCCGUGUGCGGCUUACCCGUGCUCCAGCAACUCCACCUGCAUUGAGACCGGUGACGGCGGAUAUAUUUGUCUCUGCGCUCCGGGCUUUACCGGAAAGAACUGUCUGGUUAAAAUCGGGCCCUGCAUCACCAAUGGGUCUCCAUGCCAAAAUGGAGGGACAUGCAUGGACAAUAAUGGCUUUUCUGGACAUGCCUCAUGCCGGUGUCUUGAAGGUUUCGCAGGUGACUACUGUGAAUUAGACAAGGAUGACUGUAGCCCCAACCCUUGUGCUAAUGGAGGAACCUGCGCAGACACUGGCCCGAGCUUUCACUGCCAUUGUCCAGCUGGCUUUGGUGGUCGUUCUUGCUCUGAACGUCUUUCAUGGUGUAACAGUAACCCUUGUACCAAUGGUGGAACAUGCUAUGAAAAGCCGGACAGGUUCCAAUGCUCCUGUCCACCACAAUACUCAGGCGCCACCUGUGCUUUUCCUACAAAGAGAAAUAAUAAGCCCAGCUAUAACCUCCCACCACACCACAAGGGGUUACAGCACCCCGCCCACGAGGUCCUGAAGAUCAUCAUGAAGGAGACCAUCCACAAGAGCGAACUUCUCAUCAGCCGAAGUGAAAUCAUAUGCUUCAUCAUCCUCGGCUUCAUCGUUUGUCUCAUCAUCCUCAUCUCCAUAGGGAUCGUCUUCAUCUCCAAAUGUAAAACGUGGUUUGCCAACGCCAAGUACAGGCACUUGAUUCACAAGGAAAAAGAUUUCUGCGUGAAAGCGAGCCGAGAGACCGGAAAUGAGCUCAAAAUAAUCUUUCCUGAAAAGGUGAAAAUGGCAAACUACAGCCGGAGUUACACUACGAUAUAG